AUGUUACAGAGGGCAGCAUCCAACGUGUCAGACAAAGCGAAGAGCAACAAACCAAAGCGCUCCACCAGCUUCGGCAGGUUUGAGGGUCUCAGACAUCACUCGUCACUGGCCAAACCAGAGGAAAAUGGAACAAAUAUGCUCACCGAAGAAUGUGAAAGUUCAGACACAAACAAAUCAGCUGGACUUGGGAAGAAGAUGAAGGCAAUCUCACUGACCAUGCGCAGAAAAAUGGGCAAAAAACACAUCAAGUCUUUCUCUGAAGAGACAGGUGAUGAGACAGACAAAGACCCUGAGGCAGAGACAGACAGCAGCCCUCCAGCUGAGAAAAACCCUGCAAAGACAAGCAACUCCUUAGAAAGUCUUUACAGUGGCCAGAGCUCCUCAAGUGGUGUGACCAGUGAGUCCAACGGUUCUGGUCAGAAAGACAGUGUGAGGCUGGAGGAGGACGGCUCCUACCAGGGACAGUUCUGCGGCAGAGCUCGUGUCCACACAGACUUUGUUCCCAGCCCAUAUGACACAGACUCUCUCAAACUCAAGGUGGGUGACAUCAUCAGCAUCAUCAGUAAGCCUCCGAUGGGCAUCUGGACCGGCAUGCUAAACAGCAAAGUGGGAAACUUCAAAUUCAUCUAUGUAGAUGUUUUGGAGGAGAAAGAGGAAGAAGAGGAAGCUCCCAAGAUCAGACAGCAGAAGCUCUGCAAAAGACCUCGACCUAAAACGCUGCUUGAGUUACUGGAGCGCCUGAAUCUCGAGGAGUACGCCUCUGCCUUGCUGCUAAAUGGCUACCAGACAGUGGAGGACCUGAUGCACCUGCAGGAGAAACACCUGAUAGAGCUGAACGUCAAAGACCCCGAGCACAGGCGCAGGCUUCUCGCUGCUGCUGAGUGCCGCUACACAGAAGGUGAUGAUGUCAGGGAUGCGGAGGAGCACAAAUCCUCCCACAGUCUACAGGAAGAAGACAGCGACUGUCCCAGAGACUCGGGCUGCUUCAUCCCAUCUGAAUGUUCAGACAGCAAAGAAGACGCAGAGCAGCUCACAGACGCCGUGGCUUCGUAAUGUCCUCAUUAGAUGGAUACUUUGACAUUUGGGAUUCAAAGUUGGGUAUUUUCUUGUGACUGAUAGUUUCGGGUAACUUAAUUUUCUCAAAAUGUCAUGUUAAUAUCUGUUACUCCAACAAGCCAACCACAAGCUUUUUAAAAGCGUGAUACAUAUAGGAAGAACAAACAACCUGUGUUCUAAAUGUCAAUAUAUCCAUUUGUCAAUUUAUCAAGAUCAACUUGUAAGUUUUCAGUUCUGGAGUUUUUUUUAUGUUGUUGAAGAAGUGACAUUUCAUUGAUUUAAUGUCACUUGUAUUUAUUGCAUUCUAAAUCAUUCAGUGUUAUUGCAUAUAAUGCCUUUAUUUAUCAAAGCUGUAUCAUUUUAACCUUUCUCAUCACAUCCAAUCUCAAUUUAACAUCCAGUGUCAUCUUUGUUUUUGGUCCUAUAACUGAAGUGAGAUUUUUGAAGGGAUGUUUUUGAAAAGUAGUGUUUGGGUUUGGACAAUGCAUAUUCAAAUCUUGCCUAUAAUGUAUACUGUACAGGAAAACGUGUUAUUUUCUGAAUGUGUGUGUGUGUGUGUGUGUGUGUGUGUGUGUGUGUGUGUGUGUGUGUGUGUGAGAGAGAGAGAGAGAGAGAGAGAGAGAGCCUGUGCAUGAAAGUCAGUAUUCAUCUGU